AAAAAAAAAUAAAAUUGGGAUUUAUUCAAAGCCUAUUUAAAAAUUUGCCCCACAUAACCAAACCCAUUCCACUUGGAGAAACGUCAAAAAUCGUAACAAAAAUAAAUUUUAGAAAACGAAAUUAAAAAAAUAAAAGGGGGAAAAUUCCAGUCCUUCCAAAGUUCCCCACUAUUAAAAAGCCAAAAUUUGAGUCCAAAUAAUUUAUAACACUCCUUCCUAACCCCCACCAUAGAAACCACCUCCACCCAGAAACAAACCUCCAAAACCCCAAAAAUCUUUUUAAAAAUCCUUUCUUCUCCCCCAUUAUUAUUAUAUUCCCCUUCAAUUAAUUGCAUGUCGACUUGUUUUUGUUUAUAAACGACAAUUCGUUUGUCUUUCCAUUCCCAGAGAAUCGAAACCUUGCAAAAAAGAAGAAAAACCAUGGCUUCUUCCCUGUCACAAGGUUUGGUGUUGGCCACAGCUAUGGCGGUUUCCGCCGGGACCAUUCUCCUCUUUGAUCUUUGCCGGGAGAAGUAUUUCUCGGCGACCCAGAUCGUCCCAACUCCACAAAAGCACCAUUUGAGAUCUUGCUUAUCAUCAGGUGGGAAGAAGAAAACGGAGAAAACGAAGAAGAAAAAGAGAGUACAAUUCGCGGCGGAUGUGAAGGAACCGAGUGGAAACGGGGAAGAAUACAGGAGGGAACAACAACAGAGGAGGUCAACGGAAUUUCAGAGAGUUUCUUCUGCUUGCGGAAUGCCGGCGAAUCGGAUGGCUCUGUAUAGUGGGAUUUUGAGGGAUCGGUUACAACAGCGCAUGGAAUUCUCUUAUUAGUGAUCCUCAAUUAUUUUGUAUAGAGGGGAAAAAAAAAAGAAUAUAUAUAUAUGGUCCGAUUGAUUGAACAUUGGAAUUGUGGCUGUAAAGUUUCAACUUUGAAGGCUCCGGAAAAAAAAUAUCAGGUUGCACUAAAUUGAGGAAGAAAAUUUGGUGCUUCCAUCUCUGGCUCUGCCAGCCCACCGGAGUCCACUCCCCCAUUGACUGUAGUCUUUUGUGUGCAUAUUAAUUUUUUCGAAAUUGGAAUUAUUACUAGAUUUAAUCCUCUUGGUGCAUUUGUAAUUUUUUGUUUUUGCCAUUCAUUUCUCUUUCUUGUUUGUAUUAUUUAUUUAUUUAUUUAUUUGUCACC